AUGAACUAUGUCGUGGCCCCGCGAAGCACCGAGAAGAAUUACAUAUUCCCGUUUGGUGCGGAUACGUACGUCUGCAAGGAGAGCCCUGCUGCUGCUAAGGCUUCAGCUGGUUGUGUAUUGGCCUUAGUCGAGGAGAUAGUCGAUAAGGACUCCCCUGUAGAUCGUGGAUUCGCCUGCGUACGGCCGCCUGGUCAUCAUGCUACGUGCUCAGAAGCGAUGGGAUUCUGCUUUUUCAAUAAUGUUGCCAUUGCAGCUAAGGCCUUACGAGAGCGUUACGGAGUGGAGAGGGUCGCCAUAGUGGACUGGGAUGUCCAUCAUGGCAAUGGGACGUGUGGUAUAUUUGAGGAGGAUUCGGGCGUUCUGGUCAUAUCGGUGCAUCGGUUUGAUGGUGGCACAUUUUAUCCAGGAUCUGGUAACUGGACGGAGAUGGGAUCAGGGGACGCUGUGGGAUAUACUUUAAAUGUGCCGAUCGAUGGGACGUAUGGAGAUGAGGAGCUACACUUCUGUUUCGACAAGUUGGUGCUGCCGGCGUUGACCUCGUUCAAACCAGAGUUUAUAUUAGUGUCGUGUGGUUUUGACGCGUGUAUAAACGACCCACUUGGUGAAUGUGAGGUCACACCGGCGUGUUAUGGCAGACUCACACGUCAACUAAUAGAGAGCUUCCCUGAGGGGAGUGCACCAAGAGUGGCACUUGUGUUAGAGGGAGGGUAUAAUUUGGACAGUAUAGCGGCAUCAGCAGAGGAAUGCAUGCGAGCGUUGCUUGAGGAUGAUGGUAUAGACGGUGAUGGAGGGGUAGAGCGGCUCGAUAACGAGGUAGUGGAAGGCAGUAGCCCUACUAGAUUGCGCAGUGUGCCCUUGGGGGAACCUAAGACCUCGUUGAUUCGAACAUUGCAUAAUCUGACAUCGUGCUUGGCAGCUCUUCCUGGCACCAUGGAUAUCCCUAUCGUCCCGCUGCCUAGGAGGGCUGCACAGAGGCAAAGUCCUGGCAAACGAACUCCCAAUAGGAAAAAGCGCAGUUCUUCCUUCAAGCUUGACACGUCACCGACAACGCUUGAUAUGACAGAAAAGGAGGCCCCAGAAGGCAGCGAUACGUCUGUCCCAGGUUCUGGAAAUGAGAUUGCUGUGGUCAGUGGGGGAGGACAUGCAGGAGGAAUAACACGCGAUCCGGAGAGGGAUGGGUAUAUCAUCAAGAAAACUAAAACUAAGGAGGCUGAGUUUUAUUCGCUACUAUUUUCGCUGGUCGCGGAUCCUCCAUUGGUGAUUCCGUCUAUUACUGAACGGCAAAAGGAUCUACUGGAGAAAUUGAAGCCUUUGGUUCCGUCUUGUAUACGCGUGCAACGAUUUUCCGAGGAUAAGAAAAGCUCGUAUCGAAUUUGGCUUGAAGAUUUGACUCGGGGUAUGAGAGAGCCCUGUGUCAUUGAUGUCAAACUGGGUGAUAAGUAUUGGCAAAAUGAUUACACUGGUGCCAAGUUACAGGAGAAGUUGGAUAAGGUCAGGGAAAGUAGUGCAGGGGAGCUCGCAGUGAGGUUGACAGCUCUUUGUACUAAUGGAGCUGCUGGUGGUCCAGGGGGUGGUCAGUGGAAUCUGAGUAAAAAAGAAUGCGCUGAUCUACGGACCACAGCUGAAAUUAUAACUGCUCUUCGUCGGUUCAUAUGGAUUGAUCGUGAAGCAUUAGGCCGGCAGGCGGUGGCGAUAACUAAGGGGAUUCUUGAAUGGUUCGAGGAAGCGAACGGAGCAUUUGAAAUUGUGUGUUCAUCUGUUCUGCUGGCAUUCGAUGCUGCUGAUGAGAAGCUCCAGAUGAGAGGGAAAUUGAUUGACUUCGCACAUGCGCGGUUGGUGAUGCUGGAGUUGUUCGAGGAUUACGAAAUCUCGUCGACUACUGGCAAUGUGCUAGUCAAGAUUGAGUUCUACCUUUUCAUGAUGAUUCUGAUCAACCGUCUAAAACAGAGUUUCUACGCAGCAGUCCUGGCUGCAUGCUGCAAGGCUACUGCCUUCUACUUCCUCCUUCGAGUCAUGCUGAUCGGAGGGGACACAGUAUGGACGAACAUUCGGAUUAGCGUUGGUGUCCUGGUCCUGCUACUACUGAGAUCAACUCAAAUCGGCGUUUACUACGGAACAACAGCAUCAGCAUCAUCAACAGUCCGUGGUAUACCAACAACCUUCUACGCCCUCUGUGUUCCCCUCUACGCUUACCUCGUGGCGUCUGGUGACUUUGACGUCGUCACAUGGGGCUCUUGGAUAGUGGCCAUGGCAUCUCAGAUCAAAACGUUGUGGCUGCGCCCGGCCGAGUUGGAGCUUUCCUGGUCUCUAUGGGUAUAUCCUUUGUAUUCAUCCUGGAGGGCUGUCCGUCCCCACGCUUUGUUGAUCUUGGGAACAUCUAUCCUUACUGGGUUGCUGGGGAUGCUGUGGGGUCCUCAGCUGGUCAUACAUGCAGCGCUGUUGCAGAGUGCCGUCGAGGUCUACUCCGUAUUGAUACAACGAGUGCCUCGGGUCCUCUGUGACAGUCUGCUUUCAUCAUCGGACGUGUUAUCUGUCCCUAAGGCCUGGCUGGAGUCACAGAAGCUCAACUCACUGGAGGUGUGGAUGGCCCACUAUGGUUUGUCCCGUGGGGACCUGACGAUGGUACCGAAUGUUGAUGCAUACGUAGGGCAGCUGAGGCUCAUUAUGACUGACGGAUCUUCGCGUUUGCAGCUCCUGGUGAUCGGAGGUGCGAAGCAUCUGCUGUUGCGAAAAGACACUAUCUUCACUGGAGAGGCUUUGGCCAUAGCAUCGGCACUGGUAGGCAUUCUGGAGGCUGAGGCAUCAGCGAAAAUGUCGAAGCCAUCAGUGGGAGAGACUAAAAGACGCGGGUUGUCUCCAAUGGUCAACGAAGAGCUUCGUCGGGCAGUUGGGCUAUACUGCCCAGUGGUGGAGAGCCAGAGUGAUUUGGCUAAUGACGUCGAUGCAUUGCGGCUGCUGAAGCGUAUGAGGCAACUCGGGAUAUCAUCACAGAUCAUUUCCUAA